AUACCAGUAAAGGGUUGGAGUUAGAAGGGCAGAAUAAUGUCUGUAACGCCAGAGGGAGACAGAGACGUUCCUAAAGAUCCGUGUCAGGAAUGCUCACUUUCUGUCUGCGCUCUUUAUUUUGGAAUGCUGCACUUCUUGCUCGGCAGUUGUCCGAUGAGCCUCAGUGGGGCUUCCCCCAUCGGACCCGGCCCCCAUUUUGGAGAACCAGGGGAUCAGGAUCCCAGACUGCCAGAAAUGCCAGAUGCCCCACCCCUGCCAUCACCACAACCUGAGAACAUCUCCACAGGCAGCAAGAUGAGUAAAACCAAGAACAAGACCGAGAACAAGACGGAAAAAGCUUUAGCGGCUGAGAAGGAGCAAUUUGGGAAACAACAGCUGCAGAACAUCAGCAAGUCUCUCACCUCAGCUGAAACGCCCCCCAAGUCCAAAUACGUGCGCAAUAUCCUCCUGGGGACGCACAAGGAGGGCGGGGCCGCCACCUUCUGGUCAUACACCCUCAACCUGCCUCUGUCCAGCAACGCCAUCGUCAGCUGGAAGUUCUGCUACGUGCUGCACAAGGUCCUCAGGGAUGGCCAUCGCAAUUCAGUCCGAGACUCACACAGACACUGCCGCAACGUCAAGGAUAUGGGGGCGCUGUGGGGCAACCUGCACGAUCGCUACGGCCACAUCGUGGCCUUGUCCGCCAAGUUCCUGUGCCUCAAGAUGGAGUUUCACGCCAAGCACAAGGUGAUUCCUGGCAACCUGGAGGCCUCGGACGAGACGCUGGAGAGAGAAGCAGGAAGUGACAUGAACAAAGUGCUGGACAUGACGCAGGAGCUGUUGGAUUACUUUGAAGCCGCACUCAAGAUGGCCGAAACAGUUUUCCGUCAGCUGGAUACCAACGGAGCCAAACCCAACACGCCGGCCGGUCAGUGUCGACUGCUGCCUCUCAUCCCGCUCGUCCCGGACUGCAGCUUCCUAUACCACUUCUGCGUGUGCUUGCUCUUCAAGCUGCACAGCCGCAUUGCGGCGGAUGUCCUCCUCGGACACAGAGAGAGAUUCCGGGAACUGUUUAACAGCCUCAAAGAGUUCUUCAACAGAGCCAGAGAGAUGGAGUUCUUUAAAAGAAUCAUCCAGAUCCCAGAUCUCCCAGAUGCUCCUCCAAACUUUCUCCGCGCUGCCGCCUUGGCCGAGUACAAGAAGCCGGUGGUGGUGAUGUCCAACGAGGAUCGUUUUGAAGACGAAGAGGAGCCGCCAUCAGAGUUGAAGGACUCGCAAAUGCACUCCCUGCACAGCCAGAUGGCGCUGCCCGAUGUGGACCAGUGGGAGCAGCAGGGGACAGAGAACCAGAUUCUCAAGAGAGAACUUGACGUCCUCAAACCAGAACUUGAGCUCAUUAAAUCUGAGGCUCAGAGGUGUGUCACCGAGCUGCGGGGCCAAGUGAACCACCUGGAGGCGGAGGUGGAGGAGCAGCGCACCCACAAGCAGAUGGCCCAAGUGGAGAACGAGCACCUGCGUAUGGAAGUGGAGGCGUUGCGGAGCGCCAACGUGGCGAACGUUGGUGCUCAGCUGGGAUUCAAGGAGGCGGACAGUCGAGCGCAGGCGGCCGAGCAUCGAUUCACUCAGCUGAAGGAGAAACACGCCGAGCUGGUGACCAGCCACGCCGACCUCAUGAAGAAGAACGCAGACACGGUGAAGCAGCUGGCCCACACCAAACAGGACCAGGACAGCUUGUGGCGAGCCAAGCAGAACCUGGAAAGCGAGCUGCAAAGUCUGCGUCAGGAGAAAAUGAACUCGACCGCUCAGCAGCAGAACGAGCUGGACCGCCUGAACAAGGAGCUCCUGGAGCAAAGAGCACAAAUGGCACAUCUUCGCAGCUCCCUGGAGAACAAAGAGAUGGAGGGAUCCCAGGCCAGCAGCAGCCUCCUGGCGCUGCAGGCGGAACGCGACACGCUGCUCCGCUCAUCCAGAGACCGAGAUGCCGAGCUGUCAGCGCUGACGCAGCGGCAGAACGCCGCCGACCUGGACCGGGACCGCCUCAACCGGGAGCUGGAGUCCCUCAGAGCUCAGCUGCAGCAGCAGCUCAACAUCAACGCCCAGCAGAAGGCAGAGAUCGACAGGCUGCGUCGCGAGUUGGAUACGACCCGAGCUGAGCUGAGCCGCGUGAACGGCAUCCUGCAAAGCAAAGAACUGAGCGGCACCCAACUGAGCACCUCGUUGGCGGGUCUGCAGGCGGAGAGGGACUCCCUGAUGCGGUCGGUCCGUGAACAGGAGGCAGAGCUCAACAGCCUCCGGCAGCAGGCGCAGCUCCAGCAGAGUUCUCUGGAACAGGAGAGGCAGCGCAGCAGCAUGGAGCUGGGAAACCUGCACGCUCGGCUGCAGCAACAGGCCUGUCGGGAAGGGGAACUGUCUCACAAACUGCAAGAGGAGCAGUUCUGUCUGCUGCAGUGCGCCGUGGUGGAGGCGGAAGGUAUCAUCCUGGAUGCUGUGGCCAAGCUGGACGACCCCAUCCAUGUCCGUUGCAUCAGCUCGCCAGAUUAUUUGGUGAACCGUGCUGAGAUCACGCUGGGCUCAGUGGACAAAAUGCAGCAGAGCCAUGUGCUCUAUUUGGGAAACAGGAAUGACGCCAGCGCUUUGCUGAGGGCCGUCACUCAGUUCUCCCACCUGGCGGCCGACACCAUUGUGAACGGCGGCGCCACCUCCCACUCCGCUCCCACCGACCAGGCAGACCGUUUGACUGACAGCUGUCGGGACUGUGCCAACCAAUGCCUUCAGUUCUUGAAGGAUUUGAAGCUGCAGGCCACCUUGCAGAAGGCCGACCCCACCGCCGUACGCUACGCCGUCCAGCGCAUCCUGGCUCUGGGACAGGAGCUGCGUCCAAAGGGGCAGGAUGUCCUGAAGGAGGAGCUGGGAGACCUGGUGGACAAGGAGAUGAUGGCCACGUCCACCGCCAUCGAGGAGGCAGUGCUGCGUAUGGACGAGAUCCUGUCGCAGGCCAGGAGAGACACCAGCGGAUUGAAGCUGGAGGUCAACCAGAGCAUCUUGGGAUCCUGCUCCGAUCUGAUGAAGGCCGUGCACAUGCUCGUCACCGCCGCCACCGAUCUACAGAAAGACAUCGUGGAAGGCGGGAGGGGAGCCGCUUCUGUUACGGAAUUCUAUGCCAAGAACUCACGCUGGACUGAAGGCCUGAUCUCGGCGUCCAAGGCGGUGGGCUGGGGCGCCACUGAGCUGCUGGAGUCUGCCGACCGGGUGGUGGGCGACGUGGGGACGUACGAGGAGCUCAUCGCUUGUUCCCACGAGAUCGCCGCCAGCACGGCUCAGUUGGUGGCGGCCUCCAAGGUGAAGGCGGAGCGCGGCAACAGGAAGCUGUCCACGCUGCAACAGGCCUCGCGCCACGUCAACGACAUGGCCGCCGUGGUCGUCACCUCCACCAAGCACGGACAGCAGCAAAUCUCAGACCAAGGAGCCAUGGACUUCUCUGGAAUGUCGCUGAUCAAGCUGAAAAAAGAAGAAAUGGAAGCUCAGGUGAAGGUUCUGCAGCUGGAAAGUCAGCUGGAGCAGGAGCGUGUCCGCCUGGGCGAGCUAAGGAGGCGCCACUACGACCUGGGCGCCCCAGAGGACAACGGGCUGGAUGGAGAUGACAGCUUCCCCCCGCCACCUCCGCCCACAUUGCUGGACCCCAGCGCCUUCUCUCCCACGCAGGCUGCCCCUCAGACCUUUGCAUCCACCAACCCCUUCGCACCCGCUGCUGUGCCAUCUUUACCCCCGCCGCAGACGUACUCAACCACCCAGACAUACACGCCACCUCAGUCAUACACGCCGUCACAUCCCUACACGCCGUCACAUCCCCACACGCCGUCACAUCCCUACACGCCGCCACAGUCCUACACGCCAAAUCCCAGCCAGAAUUACAUCCCACCUCCGUCCUUCUCAUCCUCUCAACCUUCCUCACUGGUGUCCAGCCUCUCCCCGCAGCCACCGCCGCCCCAGCCGCCGCGUGCCACCACGCCCAGCACGGAGUCAAAGAGCUCAGAACCCGGAAAACUCAACUUGAACUUUAGGAAGCCCAGCAUCUUCUCCAAAUCUGGAAACCUGUUUAAGAACGCGUUCAAGCGAGGGGAAGCCGGGAACGGGGAAUCUUGAGGCCGCACCGUUGGAACAUAGUAACAUGAUUUAUUUCUAGGAAUCCUUCACUCAUUCUCACUUGAUUUUGUUCCCACUCUCCAAAACAAAGAAGCAACGUUAUCAUGAGACUCUGUCGCCAUCUAGCGUUUGGGUGUGGAAGCUGCACAGCACAAUCACAUAAAGGCACUUUGCUUCAUA